AAGACCCAAAGCAAAUUUCAUUUCUUCCGUUCUUUCUUUAUUUGCGAGCGAGGGUUUACACCAUCAAUACAAUCUCUCUCGCUCUCUCAAUGAAUCGCUCGUCGUGAUCGCGUUCCCGUCUGAUUCCGGCUCCGAUUUCCGAUCAGUUCAAAUGAGAUGGCAGCUCCGUCACAUAAUGUUGAGUUGGAAGCAGCCAAGUUUCUGCACAAGCUCAUUCAGGAUUCUACCGAUGAGCCCGCCAAACUUGCCACCAAGCUCUAUGUGAUACUGCAACACAUGAAGUCGAGUGGCAAGGAACAUUCCAUGCCCUAUCAAGUGAUAUCAAGGGCCAUGGAGACUGUUAUUAAUCAACAUGGCCUUGAUAUUGAGGCUUUGAAGUCAUCACGCAUUCCUUUGUCUGGUGGAGCUCAAACAGGGUCUUCUCAUACUGCUGGAGUUGCAAAAGAUUCCAAUACGGGCUUGGCCGAAACUGAGGUGUCAAAGAUGGACCCAUUUUCUUCAAGCAGACCACCUGUUGGACCUAUCAGUACAGGGCAUGACUAUUAUCAAGGAUCUGCAACUCAUCGAAGUAGUCAGUCUUUUGAUCAUGAAAGUCCAUCUAGUUUAGACUCGAGGUCUGCCAAUUCCCAGUCCCAAGAAAGGCGUGAUACAGCAAACCGGGACAACCAGGUGAAUCGAAAGGAUGGUAAAAAAGCCACCACUAAGAGGAAGAGGGGAGAGACUUCUGUACCCACAGAAUCACAACUUGACAGCCCUCAAAAUCUUGAUACUAUAGACAGUGUGGUUAAUACGAGGAAGGGAAAGAUGAGCAAAGGUGAACUGCCACCUGGUUUUUCAAUUAAAGGUGGUGAAAAUGCUAAUUUUAAUAUCGUUCCCAGUAGUGGUCAAAUGGAGCACUUUACUUCACCAUCUGGAAGCAUGAGACCAAUGGUUAGAGUCAAGCAAGAAGGGCAACAUUUAAUAGAAAGGCAGGACUUGACCAACAGUAGCAAUAUGGAAGUUUCCUCUAUUCAAAACGCUUCAGCUCAGCAGCAUGCUGCUUCCCUACCUCCUACAAAUGACAUUAUGGGUGUGUGGAGUCAAAACAAACCCGGGUUUCCUUAUGAAAAGUCUCAAGUGCCCAGGUUUUCUUCCAAUGUUGUCCCAGGAAAUGUGACAGCAGAAAGUCCAAUGCAGCAGUCAACAGCUCCAUCUCCUGGAUCAGGUUCUUUUGGCAAGAUUCAAGGAGGUGUGCCUGGUUCUUCAAGUUCAUAUCAAGUAGCAGAACCACCAGCAUUCUCAAGUCCAAUGCACUAUGGUGGCACAUUGCCCUCAACUGGAAAGGCCAUGGAGCUUGAUGGAGGAAAUACUAAUCUGCUAUCUGAUGCAAAUAAAACAGUGCAGGCUGGCAGGCAAAAUAAUGCAGCAGAAAUGAGUGUGGUGAGAAGUGCAGCUUCUAGAGAUACUGGUAAAUCUCCAGUUCAUGUGGCCUCUGCAUCUUCUGGCAUGCCUUUCAAGGAACAGCAGUUGAAACAGCUCAGAGCACAGUGCCUUGUCUUUUUAGCCUUCAGAAAUGGUUUGCUGCCAAAGAAACUUCAUCUUGAAAUUGCACUCGGAAAUACUUCACCUAAAGAAGAAAAUUCAGGUGGCAAUACAGAUGGGCCUCGAAAAGAUUUUGUUGACCAUAAAGGAAAAGCACAAUCUUCAAAUGAGCCAAAUAACAAUUCUGAUGCUAGUAUGCCAUUUGGAAGACUUAACCAUGAAACUGAUAAAAGUGCAGUCUCCAGUGGGAAACUCUUGGAGACUGACACCUUGGCAAAAGAAUCCGAGAGCCUAAAUAUGGAGGUAAGUAAUGGCCCACCUCGAGAUCAGUUUUUGCAGAAAGCAGAAGCUGAAACACAACCUCAAGAGACUACAGCUUCACUGGCAUGUUUAACUGUGGCAUCACAGCAGCCUGACUCAGGUGCAAGACGUGGUUUAACUGUUAACCCUGUGGAAAAUAUAGAAACUGGACAUUUGCAAGUUGUACGGGCUAACACAGCCUCUGCUCUAAUGGGUAUGAACAAGCAGAACUCUGAUAUAAGCAGCUGGACUGGGUUUGGGAGUCAAAGUGAAGUUUCCAGAGGACUGUUACCUCCUUCUGCCGGUCAGUCUGAGAUUGUUCCUGAAAGAAAAGAUACCGCUCCCAGUCAGUUCCAAACUCAUGGUAACAAUAUUUUGGGGAAUCAACAUACUGCCAAUCACCCAGCUUCUUUUGCAUCUAGAGAUCGUUGGAAACCAGUAUCCGCAAUUGGCAAUGAUCAUCACCCAGUAGUUGCAUCAAAGGAUGCUCACAUGUUGCAAAAACAUGUUUCCAAAGAACAAGUAAAGGAGAAUAACCCAGCUUCUGUUGAUUUUCCACCUUCACCAAAGUACACAAUGUCAGAGAAGUGGAUUAUGGAUAAGCAGAAAAAGAAGCUCCUAGAUGAACAAACUUGGACUCUUAAGCAUCAAAAAGCAAGGGCAAAAAUUGUGACAUCUUUUCACAAGUUAAAGGAAAAUGUGAGCUCCUCUGAAGAUAUAUCUGCGAAAACCAAAAGUGUUAUAGAGCUCAAAAAACUACAACUCUUGGAAUUGCAACGCCGUCUCCGGAGUGAAUUUUUGAAUGAUUUCUUCAAACCAAUCAAUACGGAGAUGGAUCGCUUGAAAUCUUUUAAGAAACAUAGACAUGGCAGGAGGAUAAAACAACUUGAAAAGUUUGAGCAAAAGAUGAAGGAAGAAAGACAAAAGAGAAUUCAGCAAAGACAAAAGGAAUUCUUUGGGGAGUUAGAGAUUCACAAGGAAAGACUGGAUGAUGCCUUCAAAAUUAAGAGAGAGCGCUGGAAAGGUUUCAAUAAAUAUGUAAAGGAGUUCCACAAAAGGAAGGAACGUAUCCAUCGUGAGAAGAUUGAUAGGAUCCAACGUGAAAAGAUAAACCUGUUGAAGAUUAAUGAUGUGGAGGGUUAUUUACGAAUGGUGCAGGAUGCCAAAUCAGACCGUGUUAAGCAGCUUCUCAAAGAGACAGAAAAAUAUCUUCAAAAGCUUGGAUCCAAGCUACAAGAUGCUAAGGCUUUGGCAAGUAGGUUUGAGCAUGAUAUGGACGAAAGUGGAAAUGCAAGUGUUGUAGACAAGAGUGAACCUAGUUUGGAAAAUGAAGAUGAAAGUGACCAGGCGAAGCAUUACUUGGAGAGCAAUGAGAAAUACUAUUUGAUGGCUCAUAGUAUAAAGGAGAACAUUGCAGAGCAGCCGUCUUAUGUUCAGGGUGGGAAAUUGAGAGAGUACCAAAUGAAUGGCUUAAGGUGGUUGGUGUCACUGUACAACAAUCAUUUGAAUGGUAUUCUUGCUGAUGAAAUGGGCCUAGGUAAAACUGUUCAGGUUAUAUCUUUAAUCUGUUACCUGAUGGAAGCAAAAAAUGAUCGAGGACCUUUUCUAGUGGUUGUGCCUUCUUCGGUUUUACCAGGAUGGGAAACAGAAAUUAACUUUUGGGCCCCUACUAUUAAUAGGAUUGUUUAUUCCGGGCCCCCAGAGGAGAGGCGUAGGCUAUUUAAGGAAAGAAUAGUUCAACAGAAAUUUAAUGUCCUCCUUACUACGUAUGAGUAUCUGAUGAAUAAGCAUGACAGACCUAAGCUGAGCAAAAUCCACUGGCAUUAUAUAAUAAUUGAUGAAGGCCAUCGCAUAAAGAAUGCUUCCUGCAAGUUAAAUGCUGACUUGAAGCAUUAUCAGAGUUCUCACAGAUUGCUGUUAACUGGAACUCCACUACAGAAUAAUCUUGAGGAGUUGUGGGCGCUACUAAACUUCUUGUUGCCUAAUAUAUUUAAUUCAUCUGAAGAUUUUUCUCAGUGGUUCAACAAACCAUUUGAAAGUAGUGGUGAUAGCUCAGCUGAUCAAGCCUUAUUAUCUGAGGAGGAGAAUCUAUUGAUCAUAAACCGUCUCCACCAAGUACUUCGACCUUUUGUCCUUCGGAGGCUGAAGCAUAAGGUUGAGAAUGAACUACCCGAAAAGAUUGAGAGACUUGUAAGAUGCGAGGCUUCUGGUUACCAGAAGCUUUUGAUGAAGAGGGUAGAGGAAAAUCUGGGUUCAAUUACUAAUUCAAAGGCCCGGUCAGUGCACAACUCUGUUAUGGAGCUUCGAAAUAUAUGCAAUCAUCCAUAUCUCAGCCAGCUUCAUGUAGAGGAGAUUGAUAACUUAAUACCAAAGCACUAUCUGCCACCAAUUAUAAGGCUUUGUGGGAAGCUUGAGAUGUUAGACCGAUUACUUCCCAAGCUAAAAGCAACAGAUCAUAGGGUUCUUUUCUUUUCCACAAUGACUAGGCUACUUGAUGUCAUGGAGGAAUAUCUCAGCUUUAAGCAGUAUCGGUACCUUAGGUUGGAUGGACAUACAUCUGGUAGUGAUCGUGGUUCCCUUAUUGAUAAUUUCAAUAAACCAGAUUCUCCCUUUUUCAUAUUUCUUCUCAGCAUUCGGGCUGGUGGUGUUGGUGUAAAUCUUCAAGCUGCAGAUACGGUGAUAAUAUUUGACACGGACUGGAAUCCACAGGUUGAUUUGCAAGCACAGGCAAGGGCUCAUAGACUUGGCCAGAAGAGGGAUGUUCUUGUUCUUCGAUUUGAAACGGUCCAAACUGUUGAAGAACAAGUCAGAGCUGCAGCUGAGCACAAACUGGGAGUUGCUAAUCAGAGCAUUACUGCUGGUUUCUUUGACAACAAUACAAGUGCGGAAGAUCGAAGAGAAUAUUUGGAGUCACUUUUGCGUGAGAAUAAGAAAGAGGAAGCUGCACCUGUAUUGGAUGAUGAUGCUUUAAAUGAUCUCUUAGCUCGCAGUGAGUCAGAAAUUGAUGUCUUUGAAUCAGUGGACAAAAGAAGGCGAGAGGAAGAAAUGGCAUCAUGGAGGAAGUUAGCAUGUGUACAAGGGAAGGAUGGUUUUGAAUCUCUGCCUCCCUUGCCUUCUCGGCUUGUGACAGAGGAUGACUUGAAGGAGUUCUAUGAAGCGAUGAAGAUAUAUGAGGUGCCAAAGACAGGUGUAGUUUCUAAUGUUGGGAUAAAGCGGAAGGGUCAGUCUCUGGGGGGACUUGAUACUCAACGAUAUGGAAGGGGAAAGCGGGCUAGAGAGGUUCGCUCAUAUGAAGAGCAAUGGACGGAAGAGGAAUUUGAAAAGUUGUGUCAGGCUGAGUCCCCUGAUUCCCCUGAAAAAGCAAAGGAAGAAAUUACAGAGUUAAACUUACCGAAAGAUGAAAGUGGCUCCGUGGUGGCUGUUAGUAGAACUGAACUUCCUGCUCCACCUCCACCAGACUUACCACUACCAUCUGUUGAGCUGCCACAACAAAGUAAAGAGGUAACCCCACCAGCUAAACGAGGCCGUGGCAGGCCAAAAAGAGCAACAGUAGAUCAAUCACCAACUGCAGUUGUUCAUACAGCGCCUGUUGGAACAGUCAAAGUGGAUACAGGGUUAGAGAUAGGACCGGUGACUAGCUGUGUAACAAACUCAGCCCCAGAUUCAGUACCUGAUUCUGGUGAAAUUGAGGGUAUUGGUGGAGUUGCAGGAAGUACCGAUCUCGUGGCCUCACCUAGAUCUCAUCCAACAGCUCCUAAGCCUUCCGUUUCUGUUACUCCUCCCUCCCAAUUGACUACUAUUAGCCCUUCUGCACCCACACAAGUAAGAGGAAAGGGUCGGAAAACUAAGAGUGGACAGGAAGCACCCCGGCGUAGGGGAAAGAAACAGGUGGAAAUAUCUCCUGGUUCUGAUUCAAAACAAAUUGAGCUUUCACAGAAGACAUCUGUUGAUCCGUUGGAAAAUGAAACCAUUGGCAUGAGUGAAACUGUUUCUACUGUUUCUGCAGCCCAGAGUCCUGCUUCUGGUGCUUUAAAAGGUGCAGAAGGGGCCGAUCAUCAAUCUGGCAUUGUAAUGGUUUUGAGUUCUCAGUCCACCCGCCUUGUCCCUGCUGUUGCUCCUUUAUCUGAACCUUCCCCUUCCCCUACUGUACCAGUGAAAAUGAAACCACAAAACCGGAUGGCUCAAAGUGGUGUUGGAGCUCCCCGCCGGAGGGGGAAGAAACAGGUGCCAGCAUCACCUGCUGUUACUGAUACGCUGGUUGGCCCUGAUUCGACACCAAAUAUGCUUCCACUGGAUAAAUCAGGGGAUUCACGUGGGAGCAAAGACAUAGACAUGAGAAGUAAGCAAGAGGCUGAUGUUUUAGCAGGUGAGGAUAUAAAUUCAACUCCAAAUUCAGUUAACUUGGCCCAAGUUAAGCAGACUACAAACUCAUCCAUGGGCCCUGCAUCAGGAGAAAGUCCAAACCUAAAAGAGGCUUUGCCUGAAAAUUGCUCAUCCAAACCUAAGAAUGACAAGAUUUCAGGAGAUGAAGGUUCUACCACACCAGCUGCUGUAUCAAAUGAGACCAUUUCAGAGGUGAAUAAGAGUCAUACUCUGGAGGAGAAAGCUCUUCCAGCAAUUCCAACUUUGAUCGCUGCAUCUCCUGUUUUUAAUCCUUCAACUGGUUCCCUUCCCAGUUCUACUCCCAUGGAAAGCACUGGUGAGGCAAAACAUCAUGGUGCUGAGAUUUCUCCUAGCUCUCAGUCAAAGCUGUCCUCUUCUGUUUCUCCUGCUUCUCAGUCUAUCACUCCUAGCCCUUCCAAACCUGUGGAAGUCAAAAAACAGGGUCGAAAGGCUUCAAGCAGAGCUGAAGCACCCCGUCGCAGGGGAAAGAAGCAGGCUCCUGUGUUCCCAGCUGUUUCUGGUGGUCCAGCUAGUCAGGAUCCAGAAUUAAGUUUUCAGGUACAGGAUAUGUCUGGUGGUACAUUGGGGAGUAAGACUGCUGAACUGGGAAGAAAGCAAGGUACUGAUGGGCAGGAACUGUCACAUGUUAUUCAAUCCCAGACAAGUCAAGUGCAUUUAGUUAGCAGUUUAGCUGAUUCUGAUCCAAAAAGAAAAGAGCACCCAAGCUAUCUUACCCAAAAUAAGCAGCCUACAAACUCAUCAUCAACAAUUGACAGUGCUGCUGGAUCCUCUGAUAAGAGUUCUGCUCUGGGACGUAUCCAGACUGCUAACGUAAACGAUGUUGCUCGUGUGAUGAAAGAGGUCUUUUCUGGCACACGUCUAUCAAAAGCUAAAAUUUCAGAGUCUUUUGGGAGAGAAGGUCGUGGUUCCCCCCGUGUACCUGUAUCCAGUAAGACUCUGGUGGACAUGGCCGAAAAGCAAAAUCUGGAGGAUAAAGCAUGUUCUGGUGUGGAAUUGAAGGUUUCUGAACCUGAGAUGGGUGAUCUUUCGAAUGCGUCCAAGGUUGGUGCAGUGGUUGUUCCAGAAAACAUUACCUCUUUAGCAACUGAAGGAAAAAAGGUAGACUGCUUACCUGUUGGCAGCUUAGUAACACUGGAGAGUUCAAAAGGAUCUCCAGCUGAAAAGGAUUCUUUGAUGGCUUCCUACAAUGCUUCUGGGAGAGUGGCAGAAAUUGAUCAGCCUGUGGUUACAUUGACCAUGGGCAGUGAUAGUGUUGAAUGCUCAUCUGAGGCAGGGCCUGUGGGCAGUCUUAAAUCACAGGAGUCAGAACAUGAAGCUAGAGUUAGUGAUGCUUUUCAGGUUUCCGGAACACUGCCAGAAAAUGUGUCUGGAAACAUGGAUCAGCCCUUGGUAACCUUGAGCAAGGAGUGUGCUAGUGUUGCAGCCUUGUCUGAGCCAGGGACUCUAGGAUGCUCCAAGUUACCAGAGGAGUCGGGCUGUGAAGCUAAAGUUGGUGAUACUUCUCAGAUUUGUGGAAUGCUGCCAGAAAAUGUUUCUGGAAAAAUGAAUCAGUCUCUGGUUACUUCGACCAUGGGAGGUGAUAGUGUUGUAGGCUUAUCUGAGGCACAACCUAUAGACAGCUCCAAGCCACCAGAGGAGUUAGAAUGUGCAGCUAAAGUUGUUGAAACUUCUCAGGUUUGUGUGACAAGCAUAGAUCACCCUCCAAUUACCUUGACUAUGGGGGGUGAUAGUGUUGAAGGCUCUGAGGCAGGUCCUGUAGGUAGCUCCAAACCUCCAGAGGAGGUGGAAUGUGAGGCUAAAGUUGGUAGUACUUCUCAAGUUAACGAGCCAAUGCCGGAAAAUGCAUCUGAAAACCUGGAUUUCCAGCCCUCUUAUGAAGCUAAAGUUGGUGAUGUUUCUGAGGUUUGUGAGAUAUCGACAGAAGUUGUGCCUGAAAACAUGGAUUUGCAGCCAUCUUCAACAGGACAGGAGUCGGAAUCUGAAGCUACAUUUGGUGUUGCUUCUCAGGUUUGCGAGACGGUGUUGGACAUUGUAUCUGAAAACAUGGAGUUGCAGCCAUCUUCAACAGUGCAACAGUUGAAAUCUGAAGACAAAGUUGAUGCCUCUCAGGUUUGUGAGACAGUGUUGGAAUUCGUACCUGAGAAAAUGGAUUUGCAGCCAUCUUCAACAGUGCAGGAGUCGGAAUCUGAAGCUAGAGGUGGUGAGGCUUCUCAGGUUAGCAAAACAUUGCUGGAGUCUGGAAACAUGGAUUUGCAGACAUCGGCAACAGCACACGACUCAAUAUCUGAAGCUAAAGCUGGUGAGGCGUUUCAGUUUAGUGAAACAUUGCUAGAGUCUGAAAACAUGGAUUUGCAAACAUGUUCAACAGCACAGGAAUCAGAAUCUGAAGCAAAAGUAAGUGAUGCGUCUGAGGUUUGUGAGACAUUGCUGGUGUCCGAAAACAUGCAUUUGCAACCAUCUUUAACAGUUCAGGAUACACAAUCUGAAGCUAAAGUUGGUGAUGAUUCUCAGGUUUGUGAGACAUUGCCGGAGUCUGAAAACAUGGAUUUGCAGCCAUCUUCAGGAGCACAAGUGUCUGAAGCUGAUGUUGAAGUGGGUGAUGUUUCUCAGGUUUGUGAGACAUUGUCGGAGUCUGAAAACAUGGAUUUGCAACCAUCUUCAACUGUACAGGAGUCUGAAGCUGAAGCUAACAUUUCUGAAUCUUUUGGGAGGGAAUGUAGUGUUUCCCCUGGUGUACCUGUAUCCAGUGAGACUCCAGUGGACAUGGCCAAAAACCAAAAUUUGGAGGAUAAAGCAUGUUCUGGUGUGGAAUUGAAGGUUUCUGAAACUGAGAUGGGAGAUCUUUUGAAUGCAUCAGAGGCUGACAAGGUGGUUGUUCCAGAAAAUGCAUCUUCAGAAAACAUUGAUUUUUCUGCAUCCUCCUUAGCAAACAAAGGAAAGAAGGUUGAUUGCUUUCCCAGAGGUUCUGUUGGCAGCUCAGGAACACUGCAGAGAUCAAAUGAAUCUCCAGCUGAAAAGGAUUUGAUGAAUUCUUAUGAUGCUUUUGGGAGAGUGGCAGAAAUUGAAUCUGAAAACAUUGAUCAGCCUCCCGUUACAUUGACCAUGGGCAGUGAUAGUGUUGAAGGCUUAUCUGAGGCAGGGCCUUUAGGCAGUCUCAAAUCACAGGAGUCAGAGCAUGAAUGUAAAGUUAGUGAUGCUUUUCAGGUUUCUGUGACAUUGCCAGAAAAUGUGUCUGGAAACAUGGAUAAGCCUUUGAUUACUUUGAGCAACGGGUGUGAUACUGUUAAAGCCUUAUCUGUGCCCAAGUCUUCUGAGGAGUCGGACUGUAAAGCUAAAGUUGGUGACGCUUCUCAGAUUUGUGCAACGCUGCCAGAAAUUUUUUCUUGUAACACGGAUCAGCCUGCGGUUACUUUGACCAUUGGAGGUAAUAGUGUUGCAGACUUACCUGAGGCACAACCUAUCGGCAGCUCCAAGCCACCAGAGGAGUUAGAAUGUGAAGUUAAAGUCGUUGAAGCUUCUCAGGUUUGUGGGACAUGGCCAGAAAAUACUUCUGAAAGCAUGGAUCAGCGUCCAGCUACAUUGACCGUGACAUGUGAUAGUGUUGAAGCCUCAUUUGACGCGGGUCCUGUAAGAAGCCCCAAACCUCUAGAGGAGAUGGAGUGUGAGGCCAAAGUUGGUGAUGCUUCUCAAGUUUGUGAGUCAUUGCCGACAAAUGUGUCUGAAAACAUGAAUUUCCAGCCCUCUUCUGAUGCUAAAAUUGGUGAUAAUCCUGAGGUUUUUGAGACAUUGACAGAAGUUGAAAACAUGGAUUUGCAGCCAUCUUCAACGGUGCAGGAGUCGGAAUCUGAAGCUAAAGUUGGUGAUGCUUCUGAGGUUGGUGAGACAUUGACGGAAGUUGUGCCUGAAAACCUGGAGUUGCAGCCAUCUUCAACAGUGCAGGAGUCGAAAUCUGAAGCUAAAUUUGGUGAUGCUUCUAACGUUUGUGAGACAUUUUUGGGAUUUGUGCCUGAAAACAUGGAUUCACAGCCAUCUUCAAGAGUGCAGGAGUUGGAGUCUGACACUAAAGUUGGUGAGACAUCGACAGAAAUUGUGCGCGAAAAAAUGGAUAUGCAGCCAUCUUCAACAGUGCAGGAGUUGGAAUCUGAAGCUAAAGUUGGUGAUGCUUCUCAUGUUUGUGAGACAGUGUUGGAAUUUGUUCCUGAAAACAUGGAUUUGCAGCCAUCUUCAACAGCGCUGGAGUUGCAAUGUGAAGCUAAAUUUGGUGUUACUUCUGAGGUUUGUGAGAGCAUAACAGAAAUUGUAUCUGAAAACAUGGAUUUGCAGCCAUCUUCAAUGUCACCUAAGUCGGAAUCUAAAGCUAAAGUUGGUGAGGCUCAGGUUUGUGAGACAUUGCCCGAGUCUGAAAAUAUGGAUUUGCAGCCAUCUUCAACUGCACUGGAAUCUGAAGCUAAAGUUAGUGAUACGUCUCCGGUUUGUGAGACAUUGCCGGAGUCCAAAAACAUGGAUUUGCAGCCAUCUUCAGGAGCACAGGAUUCUGAAGCUGAUGCUAAAGUGGGUGAUAUUUCUCAGGUUUGUGAGACAUUGCUGGAGUCUGAUAACGUGGAUUUGCAGCCAUCUUCAACUGCACAUGAAUCUGAAGCGAAAGUUAGUGAUGCGUCUCAGGUUUGUGAGACAUCGCCGGAGCCCAAAAACAUGGAUUUGCAGCCAUCUCCGACAGCAGAGGAGUCAGAAUCUGUAGAUAAAGUUGGUGAUGUGUCUCAGGUUUGUGAGACAUUGCCGGAGUCCGUUAACAUGGAUGUGCAGCCAUGUUCGACAGCACAUGAGUCGGAAUCUGAAGCUAAAGUUGGUGAGGCGUCUCAGGUUUGUGAGACAUUGCCAGAGUCUGUAAACAUGGAUUUGCAGCCAUGUUCGACAGCACAUGAGUCGGAAUCUGAAGUGAAAGUUGGUGAGGCGUCUCAGGUUUGUGAGACAUUGCCGGAGUCAGAAAACAUGGAUUUGACAUUGCGAGAGUCUGGGAACAUGGAUUUGCAGUCACCUUCAGCAGCACAUGAGUCUGAAUCUGAAGCUAAAAUUGGUGAUGAUUCCAAGGUUCGUGAGACAUUGCCGGAGUCCGACAACAUGGAUUUGCAGCCAUCUUCAACAGCACUUGAGUCAGAAUCUGAAGCUAAAGGUGGUGAGGCUUCUCGGGUUUGUGAGACACUGCCAGAGUCUCAGAACAUGGAUUUGCAACCAUCUUCAAGAGCUCAGGAAUCUGAAACUGAAGCCAAAGUAGGUGAUGUUUCUCAGGUUUGUGAGACGUUGCUAGGAAAUGUGCCCAAAAACAUGGAUAUGCCACCAUUGGCAACAGCGCAGGAGGUUGAAGACAUGAAGUUAUCAUCUGAGGAACCCGUCGGUAGCUCAGGGGCACCGCCUAAAGCUGAGUGAGUGUGUAACCUCAGAACUUUGUACAGCUUGUUAGAGCAGAAAUAUGUACUAUAAGCUAUUCAGUAUUUAAGGAUUGAUUUGCCCUUAAUCAUAAAAGGGUAUCAUACGCUAUUCAGUUAUCAAGUAGAUAGAGCGCAAGUAAUAUAAUGUAUCUAGUGCCCAACAGUGUAAACCUGUUAUGCCCUCCUGGGUGUGCUAGCUUCACUACCCGUCAAUUAGUUUUUUCGCUAGAAGCUAAUUUUAUUUAUAAUUUCCGGCGAUUUCCUUACCUAUUUCUCUUUUUUUUUUAAGCAUUUUGGAUGCAAAUAUCGUUCUCUGCAUUGCGUUU